UUGAAGUUGCGGGUGUCUCUCCUUUGGUGGAAAGGCAUCGCCUCACUUUUAUUAAUUGUAUAAUAUUUAUUAGUCUUAUUCUAACAAUAAUAAUUUUUAUUUCGUUAUUGAGUGCGUUUCUGCCCUUUACAUGUGUAAAUAUAUAGUUUUAUAGUAUAGGAUAAAUUAUAUAUGUUUACAAUUAUAUGAUUAUAUAUCUCUAGUUACAUUAUGGUUCUUAUAUAAAAUGUGUAUUGACUUGAAUUCUUUCUUUUGAAUUUUUGCGCUUUGUUUCGCAGAAUUUCUAAUUUAUCGGUAGUAGUAUUGUUUUUAGGUUGUUAUCUUAUAUAGGUGGUGUUUUUGUCUUUCGCGGUAUGAUUUAAGUUAGUCAUCUGGCGUGUAAGUUUGAAUUUUAUUCGCGUUCUUUUAUAAAUUUUGCUGAGCAAGGGUUUUAAUUUUUAUUCGUGGCGACUUAUCAAGUGUCAAUUGGGAGUGCCAGUAUUCGUCAAACAGUGUACGUGUCUAGUACUGCGAGGGAAAAAUUUAAAAAAAUGUACCCCGUUGAAAGGUGUUAUGAAAAUUAUGGAACUUGGUUCCAGUACGUUACUGCUGUGUUUGGAGAGCGGGAUUUGCGGCAGGGAGUAAAGAUUUUACGUCGCUUGAUUGGUCCGCUUACCCCACACGAGGCUCUGGAUCUAGUCGAGGAGUGGAUGGCUCUGUUUGGGCCUGCUGGGCCUGAGGUUUCGGGCGCAGCAACCUUCUUCUUUCUCCAUAUGCUGGAGAAUCCAGAUGGCGAGGAGGAGUUCAUCGCUCCCAACCUUUCCGAUUUAGAACGGUUGCGGGGAGCACUUAUUGAAUUUGUAUUCAAUAAGAAUUUUGUUUGUUAUUUUUGAAGGGUGAGUUGAAUUUUCUUUAUAACGUAAGGUAUUUUUAAAAAAAAAUUUUUUUUUGUAUGUUUCUAGAGUUUCACGUUUCGCUGACCAUAUCCGUCGUGUGGGGAUUCUCAUUCUUUGGGGCCAACCGGCGAGGCAUUCUGGAGGAGGGAAUUUUGUUUAGUGUAAAA